AUGGAAUGGAGUGGUAGUGGUAUUACUCAGACUGAAUUUGAUGAAAAUGGCCAUGUAAUGGUUACGGAUGAUGUUUUCGAAAAGGCUUGUGUGAGGGAUGCCGAAGAUGGUUUAAACAGAGCUAAUAAAAUAGGAUAUCCAGUUAUGAUCAAAGCCUCAGAGGGUGGUGGUGGAAAAGGUAUACGUAAAGUUGAGAAUCCUGAUAACUUUAAACAAGCUUUCGCGCAAGUUCAAGGUGAAGUUCCUGGUUCUCCAAUUUUCAUCAUGAAACUUGCUGGAAGUGCUCGUCAUUUAGAAGUUCAGGUUCUUGCGGAUCAAUAUGAUAAUGCAAUUUCACUAUUUGGCCGUGAUUGUUCUGUACAACGGCGCCAUCAAAAAAUUAUAGAAGAAGCACCAGUGACUAUAGCAAAAGAGGAAACUUUUAAGGCCAUGGAACAAGCUGCUGUUCGAUUGGCCAAAUUGGUUGGUUAUGUUAGUGCAGGAACAGUAGAAUAUCUUUAUUGUGAUGAUGGUUUCUUUUGUUUUCUGGAAUUAAAUCCAAGAUUGCAAGUUGAACAUCCAACUACCGAGAUGGUUUCUGGUGUAAAUUUACCUGCUGCUCAAUUACAAGUAGCGAUGGGAAUAUCUCUUCAUCGAAUUCGUGAUAUACGUGUGCUAUAUGGUUUAGCUCAUAAUGGUACUUCGGAAAUUGAUUUCGAUUUUUCGAAACCGGAAUCCUUACAAACGCAAAGAAAACCUGCGCCUAAAGGACAUGUAAUUGCAGUGAGAAUAACUGCAGAAAAUCCUGAUGCUGGUUUCAAACCUAGUAGUGGAAUGGUGCAUGAAUUAAAUUUCAGAAGCAGUACUAAUGUUUGGGGUUAUUUUUCGGUAAAUUCUGCUGGGGGUCUCCACGAGUUUGCAGAUUCUCAAUUUGGUCAUAUUUUUGCCUAUGGCGAAAAUCGACAACAAUCACGCAAGAACAUGAUAAUUGCUCUUAAAGAACUAUCGAUUCGUGGUGAUUUUAGAACUACUGUCGAAUAUUUGAUAAAAUUACUAGAGACAAAUGCGUUUGAAGAGAAUAACUUUACAACAGGUUGGUUAGACACCUUAAUAACUCAUGAAAACUUAACGGUAGAGAGACCAGACAAGAUGCUCGCUAUUGUAUGUGGCGCGGUUGCGAAGGCUUACACCAAGUCUCAAGAAUGUCUAGCCGAAUAUAAACGCUUCUUAGAAAAGGGUCAAGUUCCUAGCAAGGACAUUUUACAAACUGUCUUCACUAUUGAUUUUAUAUAUGAGGGUGUUCAAUAUAAAUUUACUGCUAUGCAAUCCGCUCCUUAUUCCUUCAUUAUAUAUUUAAAUGGUUCCAAGACUCAAGUGUCAGUUCGUGCUCUUUCCGAUGGUGGUCUUUUGGUGUUACUAGAUGGCAAAAGUCAUACGUGUUAUUUCCGUGACGAGGUCCAAGCAACUCGUCUGAUGAUUGAUGGUAAAACUUGUUUAUUAGAACAAGAGAAUGAUCCAACCCAACUUCGUUCUCCAUCUCCCGGAAAACUUGUAAGGUUUUUGGUUGAAUCUGGCGCUCAUGUCAACAGAGGUGACGCUUAUGCUGAGAUAGAGGUGAUGAAAAUGUAUAUGCCUUUGGUUGUUACUGAGGAUGGUAUUGUACAAUUCAUAAAGCAAGCAAAUUCAGUACUUGAAGCUGGCGAUAUAAUUGGUAUUCUUACUCUGGAUGAUCCAAGUCAUGUUCGUCACGCGAUUCCCUACGAGGGCCAGCUUCCAUUUAUGAACCCACCAGUUAUAAUAGGUGACAAAGCUCAUCAAAGAUACGUUGAGGUUAAGCAGAAUCUUGAAAACAUUUUGGACGGUUAUGAUGAUCAUACAAAAUUACAGAGUAAUGUUAAAGAAAUAAUGGAACUUCUUAGAAAUCCUGAACUACCUUAUCUGGAAUUUCACUCCGUUUUAUCCACACUUCCUGGGAGGAUUCCGGCCAAGCUUUAUGCUACUUUGCAAGAUGAAACGGUUAAACAGGAUCGCGAAUUUCCUGCAAAACAUCUUAAACAAGUGAUCGAUAACUAUUCGCGUGAUUUUGUCGCCCCUGGUGAUACUGCUACUUUUACGUUAUCAGUAAGUCCUUUAAUGGAGGUUAUUAAUCGAUACAUGUCAGGAGUUAAAUAUCGUAAAUGGAAUGAAAUAAUAUGCUUCUUGAAUAAGUAUCAUGAGGUUGAAGCGCUAUUUUCAGACUCUUCUAAUAAACGUGAAGAAGAUGUUAUUCUUGCUCUACGUGACACUUAUAAGAACGAUUUAGAUGAAGUUAUUAGAAUUGUCUUGUCACAUUCAAAAAUUAGUGCUAAAAACAGUUUUAUAAUACAAUUAUUGGAUCAAAUUAAACCUGACAAUGUUGGACAUGCUCUUGAAAAGUUCUUCUCACCUGUUCUAAAAAAACUGGCCGAACUUCGUGGAAGAGCUACAACUAGUGUCUCACUUAAAGCUCGUGAAUUAUUAAUACAUUGUCAACUGCCAUCAUAUGAUGAACGGUCUGUACAGAUGGAACAAAUUCUUAAGGCAGCUGUUAUUGAGAGCCAUUAUGGUGAUGAUGGUUAUGACUAUCGCACUCCAAGUUAUGAUUCUCUCAAAGAACUUAUUGAAACGCGAUUUACUGUAUUUGACGUCUUGCCAGAUUUCUUUUACCAUGAUGAUGCAUGGAUUAGUCUUGCUGCAUUGGAAGUUUAUGCCAGACGUGCAUAUCGUGUUUAUCAACUUAUGGACUUUGAAUAUUACCCGGAACAAGUUCCUUAUAUGAUUUCUUGGAAGUUUAUACUUCAAAACACUAACUCAGAGACCACAACAAAAUCACAAUCCCCAUUCAAACCACCCUCUUCACCGUUCUAUCGUAUAUCACGUAAUGGAUCCAUAUCUGAUUUAAGCUACGUAACCCCACGUACGGACAACGACAACGAACAUGUCCGCGUUGGUGUGAUGAUUUCAUGCACCUCUAAUGCAGAAAUUGACCAAACCUUUCCACGCAUUUUCGAUGUAUUUCGUCAAAAUGGACGUCGAGCAGAAGAUCUAACAGAUAGUGUUGCCAAUAACAUCAUUAACAUUGCAUUGAGAUUGGAAGAUGACCCAAUAGAAGAUGAGAUUCUUAAACGAGAUUUACAGCCUAUGAUUCAACGUCAUACAGUUGAACUCAGAGAACAUAGAAUUAGACGUGUCACAAUUGUCCUGUUCCGAAAGGGCCAAUAUCCAGGGUAUUUUACUUUUCGUGAGUCCAAUAAUUUCGCUGAAGAUCAAACAAUUCGACAUAUUGAACCAGCCAUGGCAUAUGAACUCGAACUUGCAAGGUUAUCGAAAUUUGAUAUUAAACCUUGUUUGACUGAUAAUAGACAGAUUCGCGUCUAUUAUGCAAUUGGCAAAGAAAACACCUCGGAUUGCAGAUUCUUUGUUCGUGCUUUAGUUCGAUCUGGCCGCAUGAGAAAUAGUGUACACACAGAGUAUCUCCUUUCAGAAUCAGAUCGGCUUUUGAAUGAAAUUUUAGAUACUCUUGAAAUAGUUAGCUCUAAUCACAAAAAUUCGGACUGCAACCAUUUAUUCAUAAAUUAUAUACCAACCUUCGUCUUAGAACCACGUCAAAUUGAAGAGGCUGUUAAAAACUUUAUUGAUAGGCAUGGAAAAAGGUUAUGGAGAUUGCGUGUUACCGGUGCUGAAGCUCGGUUUAAAGUUGAAGAUCCUAUAAAAGGAAAUCAUUAUCCUCUUCGAGUCAUCAUCAAUAACGUUUCUGGUUAUGUUAUUAAAAUAGAGACUUACCAAGAGGUCAAAGCUGAGGGUGAUAAUACAAUUCUUAAGUCAAUUGGAAAAAUAGGAUCUAUGCACUUGCAACCAACACUUACUCCUUAUCCAACCAAAGAAUGGCUUCAACCAAGACGUUUCAAAGCUCAUCUUAUGGGUACUACAUACGUUUAUGAUUUCCCCGAGUUAUUCCGCCAAGCAGUUCGUACACAAUGGAACCGCGCUAUCCAUAAUUGCCCUGAGCUAAAAUGUCCAGCAGAUUUAUUAGAAGCCAAAGAACUGGUUUUAGAUGAAAAAGGUCAACUACAAGAAGUUGAUCGUUCUCCUGGUACUAACUCAUUUGGUAUGGUAGCAUGGAUGCUUACCCUAUUUACACCAGAAUAUCCAGAAGGCCGCAAAACUAUCGUAAUUGCAAAUGAUAUUACAUAUCAUAUCGGUUCAUUUGGUCCUGUUGAAGAUCAGUUCUUUGCCAAAGCUACAGAAUUUGCUAGAAAGUUGGGAAUCCCGAGGGUGUAUCUCUCAGCUAACUCUGGAGCAAGGAUCGGGUUGGCAGAUGAGAUAAUUAAUCAUUUCAAAGUUGACUGGGUUGACAAAAAUAAUCCUAGCAAGGGAAUAAACUACCUUUAUCUUGACUCUGAAACUUACAAGCAAUUGAACCAGAAUAGGCAAAAGUCCGUAAUCGUUGAAGAAUUAAUUGAAGAUGGUGAUGUUCGAUAUAAAAUCACUGAUAUUAUAGGUGCUACUGACGGACUUGGUGUAGAGUCUUUGAAAGGUUCAGGAUUAAUAGCUGGUGCAACUUCACGUGCAUACGAGGAUAUAUUCACAAUUACUCUUGUUACCUGCCGCUCAGUUGGCAUUGGUGCAUACUUAGUUCGUCUUGGUCAACGAACAAUACAAAAUGAAGGGCAACCUAUUAUACUUACUGGUGCAUCAGCUUUAAAUAAGGUGCUCGGUCGGGAAGUUUACACAUCAAAUUUACAGCUUGGAGGUACACAAAUUAUGUAUAGAAAUGGUAUAUCUCAUCUUACUGCUCAAAAUGAUUUGGAAGGAAUUACAAAGAUUGUCCAGUGGCUUUCAUAUGUACCGUCAUUUAAAAAUUCACCUGUUCCUAUAUCACCUAAUUCCGAUACUUGGGAUCGAGAGAUUGAUUACAUGCCACCCAAAGGGCCAUACGACCCACGUUGGUUAAUUGCUGGAAAAUACGAAUCAGACAAAUGGAUUAGUGGAUUUUUUGAUCGUAAUUCAUUCGUAGAAACUCUUGGUAAUUGGGCUAAAACAGUUGUUGUUGGUCGUGCACGCCUUGGCGGAGUUCCUAUGGGUAUAAUUGCAGUUGAAACACGUGUCGUAGAACACAUAGUUCCAGCUGAUCCUGCUAAUUCAGAAUCUCAACAACAAGUCAUGAAAGAAGCAGGUCAAGUUUGGUAUCCCAAUUCAGCUUAUAAAACUGCACAAGCCAUUAAUGAUUUUAACAAAGGUGAACAAUUACCUCUCAUGAUCCUUGCAAAUUGGCGUGGAUUUUCAGGUGGUCAGCGUGAUAUGUUCUUAGAGAUACUGAAGUAUGGCUCAUAUAUUGUUGACGCACUCACAAAUUAUAAACAACCUGUUUUUGUCUACAUUGUACCGAACGGAGAGCUUCGUGGAGGUGCUUGGGUGGUAGUUGAUCCAUCAAUUAAUGAAAGCAUGAUGGAAAUGUAUGCUGAUGAAAAAGCAAGGGCUGGCGUUCUUGAACCUGAAGGAAUUAUUGAAAUCAAAUACCGAAAACCCCAACUACUUGUUACAAUGGAACGUUUAGACGAAACUUACCGUAAUCUUAAAAAAUCGUUAGAGGAUCCUUCAAAAACUGAGAUAGAGAAAUCUGAAAUUAAGAUGCUUCUGGAGACUCGAGAAAAUGAAUUACUUCCCGUUUAUUCUCAAAUUGCUUUGCAAUUUGCAGAUUUACAUGAUACACCCGGUAGAAUGAAAGCUAAAAAUACAAUUAGGAAAGUUUUGGAAUGGCGAGAAGCUAGGAGGUUCUUCUAUUGGCGUGUGAGAAGACGGUUACAUGAAGAAUAUGUAUUUAAAAAGUUGAGUGUAGCUAAUUCCAAUCUUACAAAGACUCAAAUGAAAGGUUACUUAGCUACGUGGUUCUACGAUGAUGUUGGAGUAGAAUUAGAUUGGGAAGAAUCUGAUGUUGAAAUUGUGAAUUGGUUUGAUAAAGUGCUUAGCGAUUCAGAAACAAAUCCACAUAAUUUUGACGACGAAUUCGAUGCUGAUAGUGAAAUAUCCAGUAAAACAUUGUCAUCAAUUGAGACGCGAAUUGAGAGUAUAAGAAAUGAAGCAAUAACACAACGAAUCUUUGAAUUAGGAAAAACCAAUAAACAGGCUGUUUUAGAUGGAGUAUUUUCAUUAUUAGAACAGUUAGAUCCAGAAGAAAAAAAAAAUAUCUUAAAACAAUUAUCUGGUACUUUAUAA